AUGGGGAAGAGACGCGCUACAUCGCGAGCUAACAAGGUAACGAAAUCUCGAGACUCGGAGUAUCAGACUCGCGAGAAAGAAAGGCAGAAUAUUGUUCAGGUUCUGCAACAGGUGAUAAACUUCGACGGUGGUACUCGCGACUCGAAUGACGCAGAGUCUUCGCUGCUUCACACGAGAAGCACGAUGCAAAUGUCCCCAAAGGAAAACUGCACGUUCGCCCGAGCGGACGCGAGCAAACGCAGCGUCGCUGAUGCGCCCGUCAACGAAUGCUACCGUUGUCAGCAUUUCUUAAACGUCCCAUCGAAUUUGCCUCAACCGUCCUGCGAAAGAACCACCGGCCUUAUAGGACAGUGCGAAGUCGACAUAAGUUUCGUGCAGGCGAUUGUUUGGCUGAAAUCAGUCACCACCUGCGUCUCUCAGUUGUCAGUUGAACAACUGCAACGAGUGUUCGACCGGCAAUGGAACAGACAGGACAAUCGUCCGAGAAAUAAAAGCAAGGACAACGUCCGACGUGCGAAGCGACUAAAACGUCACAUUGAAAAACCGUCGGUAGCCGAGGGAACCGACACUCAGGACGCUUUCUCGAUGUUAACUUCAUGUGACGUACCUAAUCAGCCAGAUAGUUCUGCAUUUCCUGAUCUGAUUGCAGUUGGUUCAUCUGUCACUUGCAAGAAGAAGAAAAUCGAUACUCUGAACUUCGUUUCGACGAGCGACAUGCAUAUUUCUUCGGCGCAAGAGAAAUGCACUGAUUACGUCACGGACAGCAAGAGAUGCGAAGAAAUUUUAUCGGAAUCCAGCGAUGCGGCGGUUUCAGUAAUGGACGGAGAGCUCGUACUCAAUUCUGACUGGGACAAGUUUGAAAGUGAGACGUUCGAUAGCUGGGCCGAGCUUCAGAUGGAAAAUGAAUUCGAUAAAGUCGCCAAGUGCCUGACCCAGCCCGCGUCGAAAAACUGUACCGAUGGAGCGAACGAAGAAGCUGUGGAAAACACGGUCGAUGUCGGAAAUGAAUCCAACAUGUUGCAAAUGGUUUCCGGCAACAAUCUCGAACAUGUCCUUCUCUCCCUUAAAACGCCCCCUUUCACUCUCGCUGUCGAUCAGACCAAGAAACACAAGCCUGCCACGCUGGCGAUAAAUCCGACAAAUAAUCAAUCCGAUAAUCAAUCCGACAAAUCGGAUCAUCUUUUUCAGGUAUAUUCUUGCUUCGACGAUGAUUUUAUCACACCAACGAUAAACCAAUGGAAACCGUAUGAUGAAUCUACGCCGACGUGCGACUACAAUCUCGAUAUGACUCUGGACAAUAUUUCUCAACUCAGUAUCGACAUGGAACCGUUGGAGCAAAAAGCUUUCGACAAUUUCCGAGCUGACCGAUCGUCCAUGAGCACAUCCAAUAAUAAUAAAGACAAAUUUGAAAUAAAAUUUAACGAUGUCGACAAAUCUGAUACGCAGUCCUACGAAAAGAAAGCAAUUACGUGCGAAGAGACAGCCGCGACUUUGACCGGCUCACCUUCUGCGAUACGAGAGACGAAAGCAACCUGUAAAAAGCAAUCUUCCGCGAAAAAAGAUGAACGGAAGUGUCCGCGUGAGGAAAAACUGAUUUCCGCCAAGUGGCUAAGCUUCACUCUAGAAUCGCUUGACGUGGAGCAUGUUAUUCUCGAGUCGGUCGGAGCGAUCCUCUCGACCCUCAGCAACAAGAGAACAGCGAAAGAAUAUGCCACAUGCAGAUAUUGGAAGCUUAAUUUAAAAGAGGAAGCCGUGAAUACGGUAUUGAACGUAUCGGACGUUCUCAGAUUGGAAAGAAAGCCCGACAUAUGUAGGAAAAAGAUCGUAACGACGGUGAUUGAAACUUUGAACGACAUAACAACGUGUACGCAAUUGAACGAGACAUCUGUGUCGAUAUAUCGCGUACAGAUAAUUCUGGAGCUGUGCAACUCGGUGUCAGUAAGCGUCGCGAUAAUCGAUCACUUGAUAGAGAGAUUGCAAUCAUUUCGAUCCACGAUGAUCUACGGUAUGGAGGUCCGGCGAGGUAUGCACACCACGAUCAAUCAGCUGCAUCUCGUGUUCUACGCGUUGAAUAUCGCCCUGCAAAAGUAUCGCACGGUCUUGCCGAACGAUCAGAAAGCCCAUGACACGGAAAGCGCGAUACCUCACGUCGUGGAUCUCUGGAAGACGCGCUACAUCAACGAAGAACUCGAAUACGCGAGAUUGAACGUGAAGGACGCGGAGGAGCGAUGGCGCGCCGCGCUGGAAGACUUCACAGUAGCGUCCUUGGAACACUUUACGCAAUUCGCCGAGAAAUCGCAGUCGUUGGCUCACAUGCUGAUCCCACAAUAA